ACAGAUCCGAUGUGGUGGUGCUCUGCUUCUCCUUGGCCAACCCCAACUCGCUGCGGCAUGUGAAGACCAUGUGGUACCCAGAAAUCAAGCACUUCUGCCCACGUACCCCCAUCGUGCUGGUGGGCUGCCAGCUGGACCUGCGCUAUGCAGACCUUGAGGCAGUGAACCGGGCGCGUCGUCCCUUGGCCAAACCCAUUAAGCCUUCGGACAUCCUGCCCCCCGAGUGCGGGCAUGAGGUCGCCAAGGAGCUGGGCAUCCCCUACUACGAGACGAGCGUCGUGGCCCAAUUUGGCAUCAAGGACGUCUUCGACAAUGCCAUUCGGGCCGCCCUCAUUUCCCGCCGCCACCUCCAGUUCUGGAAAUCCCACCUGAAGAAGAUGCAGCGGCCACUGCUGCAGGCCCCCUUCUUGCCCCCCAAGCCUCCCCCGCCCAUCAUCCACAUCCCUGAGCCAGCUGCUGGGGAAGGCCGUGGGCCCGGCGCGCUCUUCCACGAGCCCCUUUGUGCCGAUGUGGUCUUCCGCCUGCCAGGAGGCCACCAGCUCUUUGCGCAUAGAGUCUACCUGGCCACGGCCUGCUCCCGAUUCUACGACCUCUUCGCGCUGGACUUGGGGGACGAGCCAGCCGGUGGGAAGGAACCCGCCGGGCGGACAAAGAGCUUGGAUGCAGCGGACCAGGGAUGCCUGGCCACAGCCACGCAGGCCGUGCCGCUGCGUCCCUCUCAGAGUGACGAGCCGCUGUGCGCCCCUCGGAUGCCUCGCCCGGCCUCUGGCUGGGGCCGGGGCAUCGUUGACGUGCAGCAGGAGAGAGUGCGGGAUCCAGUCACGCAGCAGGAGAAGCCGAUGACGGCCGUGUACCUGGAGGAGCCGGUGCAGCUGGGCCCUUUCAAGGUGGUGCUGGAGUACCUGUACACCGGGCGCCUAGAUCAACCCCAGGCCAGCCUCAUGCAGGUGGCCGCCAUGGCCGAGCUGCUGGAGGUGUUUGACUUGCGCAUGAUGGUGGCCAAUGUCCUCAACAAGGAGAGCUUCAUGAACCGCGAGAUCACCAAGGCCUUCCAUGUGCGCCGGGCCAACCGGAUCAAGGAGUGCCUGAGCAAAGGCUCCUUCGCAGAUGUGGUGUUCCUGGUGGAUGAUGGCUCAGUGCCAGCGCAUAAGCCCCUUCUGCUCGCCGGCUGCGACUUCAUGGUGGCCAUGUUUGGGGGCACCUUCCGGGAGAGCUGCGCUGCUGAGGUCUCCCUGCCGGGCACCAACUGCGCCUGUCUUCGGGCUGUGCUGGAGUUCCUGUACACGGAGCUCUUUGUCCCGAGCCCCGACCUGGAUGCCAUGGAGCUGCUGGAGCUGACCAACCGCCUCUGCUUGACCCGCCUGCAAGCCCUGACCGAGCAGUACGCAGUGGACGAGCUGCUGCGUGCCAGCCUUCAGCAGGUGGAAAUCGAUGCCCAGGUGAUCCUCUACCUGGAAAUGACACAGUUCCACAACGCUCUCCAGCUGGCUGCCUGGUGCCUUCACUACAUCUGCACCAACUACAACAGUGUUUGCCGGCGGUUCCCCCGCGAGAUGAAGGCCCUGUCUCCCGAGAACAGGGCCUACUUCGAGAGCCACCGCUGGCCCCCCAUCUGGUACCUGAAGGAGGAGGACCGCUACCUGCGCAUGCAGAAGGAGCGGGCGCAGGAGGAGGAGGAAGCCCUCCGCAAGCAGCAUCCGCGCAGCAAGUGGUGCUUCUGGCGCCCCCACCCGCCCCGCCACGUCUCCUGAGCAGGGACCCGGGGUGUGUGUGUGUGUGUGUGUGAGGGAGGGGGGGGGCUGCCCUACUGCUGGUGCCUUUGCUGUGGGGAGGCACCUCUGCCUUGUCUACCAGCUGCCUCAGUGCUCCCGGCUCUGUGCCUCUUGCCGGCUGCCAUGCCUUUUUACCUGGGGAGGGGAGGGGGGGGGGGAG